UGAGUCACUCUGCCACACUUCACAAGCAAAUGUCUCUCUUCCCUUCCCACCUCCCUUUUCUUUUUCUUUUAACCUUCCCAUCCCUUCUCCUCACUCGGAAUCCUUUGAUGAAGUUAAUAAUCCUGAGGUGCUUUCGUUCCGCGGUGAGUUUUAGAGUUUUGGUCAACGCAACCUUAGUGACAUGAACACCACUGAGGCCGAUGAAAUCUGCAUUCCCGAAGCAUGCGUUGGCUGCUUCUUGCUAAUCCGAUCGCACAAAAUCUCAUCAAGCCGUUCAUAACUUCUCUUCGCUGAUUAGAGCGGCCAAGAGAUAAAAGACAAAGCGACGAACAGUGCUCCCUGUGUUUCUGUGCGCCUGUGUCAGAGCGAGAUCGAUCGAUCAACACUAAAUUGCUCUGCUAGUCUUGUCUCAGAGGCAGUCACAGAGAUCUGAUGUUUCUGGGGAGAGGAGGGGAAGGUUGCUGCUGCGCCUCCAGGUCUCGUCUUGCUCCGUUCUUCUUCCCCCCCAUUUGCUCCUCCUAUUACUUCCUUCUUUAAGAGGGGCUGUUGAUGGAUUCGAGGGGAGAAAGGGGCUCGAACAUGGCUCUUCUUCUGUACUGUGCUCUUAUCUGCCUCUUCUCCGUUUCUGCUCUCCUCCUCACGAGUGCUCACCCAGAUGUUGGAAGCCUAACAAGUGUUUCCCAUGCUCAGGUGGGCGCAGGAGGCGUCGGCGGGGAGGCGUCGGGAGCUGAGCGGCGGUGGCGGUGGAAGAGGCGGAUGGCCGGGAUCGUAUCCUCCGCUGUGCGCGGCCAAGUGCGGCGACUGCACGCCGUGCAACCCGGUCCACGUGGCGGUGCCUCCGGGCAGGGCGGUGGUCGCGGAGUACUACCCGGAGGCCUGGCGGUGCAAGUGCGGCAACAAGCUCUACAUGCCCUGACCAUCCGCCCGAGUCCCAGCCAGCUUCCCUCGCUUGCACACCAACCGUUCGACGAGUGGCAUAUGAGAAGGAUUACUACCUUACAACGUAGCACAUGAAGCUACUCAUUCAUGCACCUGCUUCAUGAACAAGACAAGACCGCUGGAGCGACUCCGACUCCACCGUAUUCUUUCGCUCAUGGCUUGCAACAUUUCAGGUCAAAGAUGCGAUGUUGUGUCACCAUGGACCAACCAUGCGAAAGAACAUGUCAAAACAGAGAAGCUUGUAUCUUCUUUGCUGGACAUCGAUGACAGCAUAAUUGUGAUAUCAUGAUAUUGUUAUCGACCAGAAUUGAGCUAAAUAUCCUCCUCCUGAGGUUUGGAUCUUACUCAUUUGUUCCUGAUGUAUUACCAACUGAGACAAGCGAGCACAGUAUGUCUUCUCAUG